GUCCAUGGUACAGUGAACGCUCGCACGUUCCACAAAGCAAACACGCAGAGUAAAGGGCAAAGCGAAAGCCAGGAUGAAAGUGUCGGUAUUAGUGGUAGCUUUGCUAUCCUUGGUCGUAUUGGCCAUGUCCAGAAAACCAAUGGCAACGCGCUAUGACAACUUCAAAGUGUACAAAGCUUUUAUCAAGGAUAACGAACAGCUGGAGGAGUUUAAGAAAAUGCAUCAGCACAUGGAAAUUCACUUGCUGCAAGAUAUUGGAGAUGCCAAUCGCAGUUAUGACGUCAUUGUCGGGCCUGCAUAUCAGGAUAUCUUUGAGAGAACCCUCAACUUAUUGGAUAUUAAAUUUGACGUUAUGAUUGAGGAUUUGCAGGCUUUGCUGGAUGAGUCUGCCUAUGAUCCGGAUGCACCGAUGGACUGGGAAACGUAUCAUCCGUUGGAUAAAAUCUACGAUUGGGUGGAUGAACAAUGUGCAGCUCAUGAUUACCUCGAGUGCAAGGUCAUAGGGCACUCGUACGAGGGGCGACCCAUCAAAAGCAUUCGACUGUCGAAGCGUGAGGGCAACAAAGCCAUUGUAAUUGAGGGUAACAUUCAUGCCAUGGAAUGGAUUUCAUCUGCGACAGUCACCUUCAUUCUGAAUCAGCUAAUCAACUCAAAUGAUAAGGAAAUACAGCGACUGACAGAGGAGUACGAUUGGAUUGUGCUGCCGAUGAUGAAUCCCGAUGGAUUUGUCUACACACACGAAGUGGAGCGUUUGUGGCGUAAGAAUCGGCGUCCCAAUGGGUUUACGAACAAAACGGGUCCCUGUUAUGGCAUUGAUAUGAAUCGCAACUUUGACUUCCAUUGGAACGGUGCUGGCUGGAACCUUGAGGACCCCUGUGAUCAUUGGUUUGGCGGCGAGAAGCCCAACACGGAGAUUGAGAUAUUGGCACUGCAGGACUUUGUUAGUUCAUUCGAUGAUGGCUACAUUCGUGCCUACAUGGCCUUCCAUGCCUAUGGCCAGUAUGUCCUGUUGCCUUAUGGACACUCGAAUACGGAAUUUCCGCCCAACUAUGAUCAAAUGAUGCGAAUUGCCGCUGCCUUUGCCGAUGGUGCACUUGAUUCAUAUGGCUCUGUUUUUACAUAUGGUGCCAGCGGGUUAUUGAACUAUGUUGUCUCUGGCGCUGCCAAGGAUUGGGCAUAUGGUGUUAAAAAUAUACCAUUCACCUGCACCGUGGAGCUGCGUGAUAAGGGCACAUUUGGCUUCUUCCUGCCAUCCAAUCAAAUUACGGAAGUCGGCGUUGAGGUCACUGAGGGUCUCAAGUCUCUCGUUGUCAAAGCAGCCGAGGAGGGCAUAUUCGAUUAGACGCGUUGGCAUGAGAACAACUGCUUAGCAUAUAAAGCAUCCAAAAGCAACGAUGGAGAUUAAAAUUUAAUAAUUUAAAAAUUAAUAAAUAUUUUUCUAUAGAAUGAGCAUUUUA